GCUUGGUCUCUCUAUCACCGACAUACACGACAAGCGACGUUUCCGAGCAGACAGUGAACGCAGCGAGAUUAUCCACCCGGUGCUGAUUCAUCAGAAAGUCGUCCAUCAUCUGCUAAAACUCGAGGAGAUUUAGAAGCAACAAUGAAUGUCUCUCAUGAAGUCAGUCUGCUGGUGCAGGAGAUUGAGCGACUCGGCUCUAAAAAUGCUGAUGGUCAAACCACUGUGAAGUUUGGCGUGUUGUUCAACGACGACAAGUGUGCCAACAUCUUCGAGGCGCUGGUGGGCACCCUGAGGGCCGCCAAGAGGAAGAAGGUGGUCCAGUUCGAGGGCGAGUUGCUCCUGCAGGGCGUCCACGACAAUGUCGACAUCGUCCUGCUCCAACAAUGAGGCCAAAGAUGUCGGACCUCAUGGGCUUCUAGCUGCUGUUGGUAAUUUCUCCAAAUACUGAGUUUCCGCAGUGUACCGGCUUAUCCCUGAGCUUCUGUUUCCAGUCAUUUCUCUUCAUGCACAAGACUCAGUAUUUUAAUUUUAACAUUGUGACCAAACCCAUUCGAUCAAACAGUACACUUACGGACCAAGCCGGCUUACUGUCGCUAACAGAAUCACACCAAGGUGUUGAAUAUUUUAGAUUUUACCAUGGGCAGAACAACACCUGCAUCUAUAGUUUCAGAUGUUCGAGGGACGGUUCUCUCAUUCUCAGGCGCUGCUUUUAUCAACCACGGAUCAGACAUGUCAUUUUGAUACACUUUUAACACUUCAAACGCACAAAUCAGAAUUGUAUUCAUUUCUUUAAUGCAAUUUAUUUGGGUGUUUCGUUCAUUUUUAGGCGCCAAAAUGCCUCUCUUGAUUGUACUGUGUCAGGAUAAAAGACACAGUGGUAAUAAUACUGGCUAGAUUUAGCAACUUCCACACAUCUAGGCUGGAGAACCGACUGACUGUUUGUUUCCGUCAGGGACAUUCGUUUUUUAAAGCUGCACUUGGCAAAUGUCAGUGCAGCUUUAAAAACAACAACUAGAGCGCGUGUCCACCCAGUGGCGGUCCCAUUUAUUGUUUACAUGAGCUAUUAAGACUACCUCUUGUGGACUUUGCAAAAAGACAUUAUAACACCAGUGCUAAGUGAAAUCUAAGAACGAUUCCCUCUUAGAAAUUACAACGACAAAGUGCAUUUCAAGAAAGAUUUUUGCACCUUUUUGUACUUACUGCAAACUGCUAGUGUAGUUUUUAUUCCAUCUUUUUUACGAGUGGUCAAUAAUGACUUUUUCUCUGCUUAAAAAGAAAAAAAAAAUCUCCAAAUCUGUUUGCCUUUCGUAAGAAAUGGUUGGUGAGCGAAUGCCUAAAGUAUUCCGUGUGCAAUUUCUAUUAGUGUUUAAUUACAGGGUGAUUGGUGCCAAAUGCAGAUGAAUUUGUAAUGUUUCUCAGGACCAAAACCUACCAAACUAUGUUUAAUAAUUGUCCUGUAAGGUGUCUUGGAAGAUGUGCAUUUAUAGUUUAAUUUAAUUUUCUCAGUCUUUGUUUUGUACUGUAGGUCAACGGAUACUUGCAGAUCAGACAAGGCUGACGAGCUUGAUCCCCCGGAUCAGAUCUUAAUGUGUGGGUGAUUUAUUAUGUUUGUUGAAGAAGGGGUUCAAUUUGUGAUUGAAUAUUGAUUCAAUGUCAUCGAUGUAAAUUUGACUCCUUCUAGCCUCCAUACAGCUCACAUCGGGGUUUGUAUGGAGGCCAAGAGAGUCAAACAAUAAGGCAAAGAAAGAAAUUCUGAAAUGUAUAAUUUGAUGGGCAAAAACAGUGAAGACAUAACGCAGCACAACAGUCCAAUGAUUUCAUUACACCAGGCCCAGAUCAGUUCAAAGUUUAAUUCAAAAUGCCAAUGCCUGAUCAUCACAAAUAAGUUGGCCUGACCAAUUUUGACCAAAGCAACAGCUAGCCAUGCGUCUGUUUCUACCUGGUUAUGAAACAUGCAUUAUGAAAUUAAAUAUAUUUUUGAAGAAAAAAGACUUACUGACACAAAAUGUUUGUGUUAUUACAAAAAAAUAUCCUCAUUGUUAUUGUGGGGAAAAAAAAGCUAAAUCAUAUUUGUUGAUUUAAAUUUGACAUCUUUGGGUCUCCAUAGCUUGGGUUAGAUGGCUGCAUCCCAGUGAUAGUGAGAGCAAAGAUUUGUUAUGGAUAAACACCAGGAGGAGUAAACAAUCCCUCGGUGUUCCCCUUGGCAACUGUUGUGCCUUUCUGCAUUUUGUAAUGAUUUUUCUCUUCUUCUCAUUACAUAUUUGCCCUCCAUAUCACCCACACAAAAUGCUAAUAUCAUUUUUUUAAAAAUAAGGCAUGUUGUCAACCAUGUGUCACCACAUCUUAUCUGCAAGUGUUUCAAAGACCAAUCUCACAUUCUCUGCUGUUUUGUCGACCUAGCUAAAUCUUACAGGUUCAGGUUUUUUUUUUUUUUUCCAGCUUGACUUGAAUUAUUUGUUAUGUUUGUUUUUCUAAAUCAAAGACUAAUUCACUCUCCACUGGAUUGUACUCUGAACACCUCUGAUUGCAAAGACUGAUCAAUCCGUUUUCACGGUCAAGGUAUCCAAAUCAUGAAAUCAACUGAAAUACUGCCUAGCUGAGAUAAAAUACAAACAAUAGGCUGAGAGUUAUGGAUAUAGUAAGAGAGGGAGAAACAUGCUGUUUUCAUCACUGUUAUGUUGGAUUAUCCUGCUGUCGUUGCUCUGGAGAGAUUUUUUUUUCAGAAGGCCUCGAAGAACAUAAAUGCAGAGAGAACAGUAAAAGUCAACAUUUAGCAAGAGGAGAACGUUAUGAUCGGAGCAGUGCCAAUACCUCGAGCCAUUUCUGUGACCCAGUGGAAUGCCUGCAUGAUGUGUUCAAGUGCGUCAUUACUGUCUUUUGUAUUGGCAAUAAUACAGACCAGAGUUUUCUGUUAUCCACCGAGGAAUAAAAUCUUUACACUUGAAGCCUUGAA